AUGUCUACAACUCCGCAAAUUCCAGGUGCUAUUGACGUUCCAGAACAGAACGGCUAUACCUAUAUUGUCCCACUUGAUCCGAACCGGACUCAAUACCAUGCUCGCCAGUUGGAGCGUUAUGAUGCUCAAUCACCCUAUAUUCGAGGCAGGGUUACUCGAAUACAGUACCAGUGUUCAGGCGUUCGAAUAUGCUCUUAUCUCCAUCCUAACCUUAGAAAUAUGCACCAUUACAAGGUUACAGAAGAUGACUGGAACUAUAUCCGACAGGAGCGACAACUUAUUGAAGAGACAGAAAUGGAUCCUAAAAAACAGAAAGCAAUCUCACAUUUCUUUGGUGUGCUUCGUGUAUUUAAGAGACAUCAAGCUUGUCGGCCGCAACAAGUAGGGUGUGCUCCUAAGAUGGUACUUGGCGAAGCUGCUCUUAUUUACCGGGAGAAGCUUGCAUUUUAUCCUGAUGGCCAAGAUCUUAAUGCACUACAACUAGAAUGCGACCGGAAUGAAUAUCUUAAGCAUUAUGUGCGAGAAAUCUAUCAUGAAGGUGAUAUUACAAUUAUUAUUUGUAUAUUGCAAGAUCAGGCCAAGCUAUUUCAAAGCCUACGCUCAUUUGAAGUUGACAUGUCCUUCAAACGCGUACGUGAGGGCAGGUUUAACGAGGUUAUCUUUGCUGUUUUUUUAGAGGAUCAUGGAAAAGUUAUCACACUCCUUCGUGCGUUUAUGAACCAACAAACAGGCCGUGCCUACUAUUUUCUAUUUAAAAAGGUCUUUGAGAUGAUUCAUGAUCUUUCAGGCCAUCCAGUACAGUUUUUCCAUCUUCAUGGAACCGGCAUUGAAACUAUCGUUGUUGAUAUGGAUGAAGGACAGAGGGACGUCUUAUUUAAGGCAAUGAUUAGUCUUUUACAUGCCCCUACCCGAGCCCAGUAUAUGGAUAUUUUAGAGCAAUUACUAGAGGAUCCAACUCCAGGCGUGGCAACUUGGGCUGAACAUAAGCUGCAUCCGCAUUUUAAUCAAACCCGUAUGCAUACCAAUGCAGGUGAACAAACCCACCAAAAAUCAUAUGCUUUUAGUGGGAAGCACCUACCAAUUCUAAAGGCAGUUACUAGUGCAUAUUUUCUUGAUGUACGAGAUAUGCAUCAGUACUCUGUGCGGAUACAUUAUAACAUUACCCAUUCCUAUCGGCCAGACGAUGAGAUCUCAAGAAUUACAGAGAAUUUAAUCAGGGACCAAAGAAGAACGACCCCCGUAAUCAGGUAA